AUGUCAGUCAAUGCCUCCUCCAACUCCUCCCUCCAUCCUCAACUUGAUAACUGCUCAGACUCCAGAAACAUUUCCCUCUUUACAGCCCUCUUCAUCAGCUUCAUCCUCCUCCUUCCUCUCUUCAUCCUCGUCCUCUAUAUGGGCUUCCAACGAUGGAGGAAACAGCGUUCUGUGGCCACGGCAGCAACGAUGAGUCACUCUGACAUCUUCACCUUUAACAUAGUGGCUUUGGACCUGAUCAGUUUCUUGGGACUCUGCUUUAUUGGUUAUGGCAUCAGAACUAAUGAACAAACUGUACUGGUUGUAGGGAUGUACAUCUACCUCACCACCCCAAUUGGACAGACUCUGUUUCACCUCCUCACCUGUGUUGAACGCUACCUGGCUGUUGUUCACCCCAUCACCUACCUGGAGCUGAAACAGUCGGGGCCAGGGGAAAAGGGCGGGAACAGGGUGCAGGUCGACCAAUCAAAGCAGAGGGCUUUUUACACCAUCAUGGCUAUAACGGGAGCUCUGACAUUGCGGUUUUUGAGCAACCUGGUAAACCAGUGUAUGGCAGUCUGUGGAGACGCAGGAAAGCGAGACAGCUUCUGCAGUUUGGGGGAAAAAAGACAAAACUCUGACAAGGUCAUGCCCCUCAACUCCUCAUCCUCCCCAAAUAUCACCCUUGUCUCCCCUCCCCUCCUCUCCUCCAGCUCGUCUUUGUUUGAGGGAUGCCUGAAAUACAUAGCCAGCAGUGUCAUCUUCAGCACAUACACCUUCAUCAACGUCCUCCUCCUCCCCCUCUACAUCCUCGUCCUCUACAUGGGUUUCCAGCGAUGGAGGAAUCAGAGCUCUGGGCCUGCAGGCCAAUCAACGAGCCACUCUGACAUCUUCACCUACCACACCGUUGCUUUAGAGAUUUUCGGUGUUGUGGGAUCAUUAGUCUACUGUUUGGGCAUCUACACCAACAGUGUGGUGGUGUUAAUGUUUGGAGUGUUUAUAUCCUGCGUUAUUUUCCCUGGACAGACUCUGUUCCACCUCCUGACCUGUGUCGAGCGCUACCUGGCUGUGGUUCACCCCAUCGCAUACAUGCACCUGAGAGAAACAGGCGGGGUCAGGAUCAGAAAUAUCAGCAUCUUGUGUGUUUGGUUGGUGUGUUUUGCAUGGAUGGGGGUUACAAAACUGUACCUGCCAAGUGUUGCUGCUAUUCCCUUACUCUGCAUCUGUGGUGUCUCAAUAAUUGUCAUUAUUUUCAGCUGCCUGUCUGUUCUGUGUGUUCUAACGAGGUCCGGGCCAGGUGAGGUGGGCAGGAACAAAGAACGGGUUGACCAAUCAAAGCAGAGAGCUUUCCACUUCAUCUGUGCUAUACUGGGGGCGCUGCUGCUGAGGUUUAUUGGGCUUCUGGUUAGUUUUGGGUUUGCAUUUUUGGAGUCAAUUCGUCAAAAGGAUUUGUGUUUGUGGAUAGAUUCUGCAAUCUUUUUGAUGAUACCAAGUAGCCUGGUCAUGCCUCUGCUGUUUCUACACAAGACAGGAAAACUGGCAUGUUGUAGACCCAAAGCUAGAUCAGGGUGAGAAAUCAAGUAAACACUGAGCCGGAAUUAAACAAUCCGGACUCUUUUUCAGGAGUAAGAAAACCUCAUUCACACAUCCCGCUUACAUUUUUAAAAGCGUAAACAACUAAAAAUGUUAACUUUCUCAACAG